CAAUAAUUAAUUUACAAAACGAACAAGCAAACAAAACCAAAUUUUACAUUUUUAUGCUCCAUCGGUGGUGUGAGGAGUUGCAGGUUAUAUCACUUGUUUUCAGCUUUCAGAAUCUUAAAUGUUAUUUUAUAAAGUGACUUAUGGUGCGUAAGAAGACAGUUAAUAUACUGUGGGCUGUGAGCGGUGUGGUUGCCGCUAAGACUCUGAGCUGUAACAUGGAUGUGGAUAGUGUUCGAUCUCGGGCUACAUUCAUGCGCUCUCCGGACCAUGCGAUAGACCAAGUUUCGGAUCCAAGUCUGCGUCUUAAAACCGUCCAAAUAUUCUUCCGUCAUGGUGCUAGAACGCCAGUCAGGACUAUACCAAAUAUUGAAAAAGCUAACUGGGAUGAGAAGAAACUGUUUGAGGGUGCUCCAGAUACUUAUAUUGAUUAUGAUCUAUGCAAUCUUGAUGGUGGUCCAAGGCCUGAAGCACACGUGGAGACACUCUAUAGACGAGAACGACUAUCUGGUGGAUCCUUCAAAGGACAGUUGACAGCCCGUGGUAUGAAUCAAAUGUACAACCUUGGCAAAAGUUAUAGAAAACAUUAUGUCGAUCAAAUUGGAUACCUGUCUACUGAAUUCAACUCCACUGAUAUUUACUUUAGAUCAACAAACAUUGCUCGGACGAUUGCUUCACUUAGAUGCGUUGUUGCCGGUCUGUAUGGAAAGUCUCUGAAGAGUUUGAAAUCAGAUCCUGUGAAAAUCUACCUCGCUGACAGUGAGUCUGAAACCCUGUACCCCAACUGGCAGGGUUGCGAAGCUGUGAGAAAAUUUGUCGACAAUAUCUGUAAGAACACAGACGUAGUUCCUGGAGUGCGUCAUGGUCGACUUCAACUGCAAGAAUUGAUUGACUUGCAUGAAGACCACCAUCAUCUAGACAUAGUCAGCAUUCGCGACAACCUUAUUGCCAGAUUGGCUCAUGGCUUAUCUUAUCCCACCUUCUUUGAGCCUCUUCUCGAUAUGAUCGAACGCCAUGCCAUCGAUAUCACUAUGUUCCAGAUGAUAGCACAUAAAGACAACCACUCGCAGCAACACCACUUAUUUCCUCUGAUGGUUGGACCGCUUGUAAACCUCAUCUUGGAGAAUAUAGGCAACUCAAUUGAAAAGAAACGGUGCCCAAAGUUAUACAUGUAUUCUGGCCAUGACACAACUCUAAUGCCCCUGUUGGCCGUGUUGAACAUCGACGUUGAUCACUGGCCGCCCUGGUCAGCUGACCUAAUUAUUGAGCUAUACGAGAAUAAGCAGAGUGAGCAUUUUAUACGUGUACUGUACAUGGGCAAGGAGAAAAAUGUGUGUGACAGUGAGGAGGGGCUCAUUCCUGUUGAGAAAUUCCAGAAGUGUCUUCAACAAUAUACUAUAAAACCAAGUGACUAUGCCAAAAAUUGUUCCAGUCCAGUGCAAGUGCAAUAAACAUCCAGAGUAUGGCUACUGAUAUUAUGUGCAUUAAGAUUGGUAUUGAGUAUCAUCCAAUUAAUUCCACCGUAGUCCAUGCCAGACCAAGCAAGCACAACUUUUGUAAUUUUUCUUAGUUUGCAUGUUAGAAAUAGAUUAAUGAAUCAAAUCAAAUUUAACAAAUAAUAUUAAUAUAUAUUGUACUUUUGUUAGAAAGUACAAUAUAUAUUAAUAUUGUUAGAAAGUACAAUAUUAAUAUAUAUUGUACUUUCUAACAUUAUAGAAGUUAAAGACAAUAUCCUUUGUUAUUUGGACCAAAGUAAUUAGUGAAUCCAAAUUAUUUUUGCCUGGUUUUCCAUUUUAAAAUAAUAAUAAUAAUAAGCCUUUAUUGAUGCUUUCAGUGGUAUAGCUGUGUAAUAUUUUGUAGUUGCAGGGAUUCGAUUCUGCUGUGGUGUGGUAUAAUAGAAGCCAUUAUUAUUGGUGCUAUUUAUUCCAGUGUUUGUGAUCCAUUAAAACUUUUUAAAAAUAUAAAAACAAAAAAAUAGUUACCAAAGGUAUAAUAAUCAGUAUCUGCAAUAAAUUUGCUAAUUUUGAAUAUGAUAUAGAAAAAGAUGUGUACCAAAUUGUAACCCCUAGUACUAUUUCAAUUCUUGUGUACUUAAUAGUGAAAUGAUGUUGAUAGGUGGUCAUUGCUUAUAUAGUAGAAUAUAAAAUGCUAAUAGUUGUAGAAUUAAUUAAGAAUUUAAAAAUAUACACUCAGCAAUGCUAGUUAGAUCACGGAGAAAUAACUUAUAUUUAUUUGUUCCUCAAUGAUCAGGCCAUGGCGUCAUUGAGGAUCUCCAUGGUCUGAUUUGGCAUCGUUUUAACAAAGAAGAGUUAAAACAACUGUAAUUUAAUUAUUAAAAGCUCUUCCAUCAAUAUGGUAGGCAUCUGGUAUCUAACCAAUGGUAGUAUGAAUCUGGUAGCAUCUAACCAAUGGUAGUAUGAAUCUGGUAGCAUCUAACCAAUGGUAGUAUGGAUCUGGUGUCUAACCAAUAGUAGUAUGGCACUGGUAUCUAACCAAUGGUGGUAUGGAUCAGGUAUCUAACCAAUGGUGGUAUGGAUCAGGUAGUAUCUAACCAAUAGUGGUACAGCAAGGAUUUGGUUUCUAACCUGCAGGUAUAGUGGUAUUUCAUAUUAACCGGUGGUGAUAUUUCAUUUCAAACCAAUGGUUAGAUAGAUGUGGUACUAAACCAGUGGUAGUAUAUGGUACUAAUCAGUGGUUGGAUAGAUCAGGAAUCAAAGCACUAGUUUUCAUGGGUCUGGUAUAAAGUGUAAUGAACAGACUUAACAAUAACAAUUAUAUCAUAUUAAUAUUAUAUAUUUUAAUCAAACCAGUCCUGGUAUAGAUUAGCUAUUUUAAUAUCAAAUCAAAUCUUAAAGUUGAUAUUCUUAUAUUAUAUAUCUAUCAAUCAUGGAAAACAGUGAUUACCAAGCAUCAAACCAAAUAUAACGUGAUUCUAAUACUGUGGAAUUUUGUUGGAAUAUUGCCAAAAAUUAAUGAUUGGAUUUUUGUAUACCAUACUGAAAUUAAUAAGGAACAUUCGCAAAUAUACCUGAACAAAUUGGUCAUAGAACAUGUAGGAAUCAAUAUUGAAAUGACAAUCAAAUACUCUUAUGAUUGGGUCUAUGUUUAUCAUAGAGAGCUUUUGUAUGAGAAUAAAUCAGGGAUGUUCAGAAUUUUUUAAAAAUUUGAAUGUGUUGGCUAGGGCUGCAUUUUCUGGUCAUCGUUUUCCAUUUUUUUUUUUUUAUGGAAAUGAUAUGCAUAAUUAUCAACUUGCCAGGUUAUAAUACAACAUUCUUGCAUUUAAAUAGCCAAUGGGCUUUUUAUUAAUUAUUAAAUACCUCUGAUUAACAUAUUGGCUACAAAGCAUCCAAACGUAGCACUUUGGUAUUGUAUGGAAAUUCUCUGGCGUUGAUGGCCGGAUGACUAACUUUUGCUUGGCAGUUCAAGGAAAAACCUGGAAGCAGUGAAAAAUACAUUCCAUUUGUUACGGUUCGAUGGUAAUGAUAAUCAUUACGGCGGCGCUAUCUAUGUUUUGGCACAUGGGCAACAACUAGAAGAAUAGGCGUGGCAGCCAGUGUGUUAAUAUUUGACUAUGAUAAAGCCUGAAAAAUUCUCGCCAUCCCAAUCAGAAUCCUCGCUACCGACAUUUGUAUCUUGUCGGUGUCUGAAUAUGGUAUUGACAAAUUUAUAUAUUGACGAUCAAUUGUAUUAUAAUUGAAUGAUGCAAUAUUUGAUUAGUGAAUCCUCAUUGAUGUUGUGAUCAAAAACAAAGAAUAUAAUAGUUGGUAGAUUAAUGUGCAUGUUUUUCCUUAAAUGUACUAUGUAUUAAUAUGCCAGUUGUGAACAUUUAUAUACACCUCAUAAUCUUACAGUGUGUCUUAAAUACUAUAAGCAAUUUUGUUUAGGUGUUCAUUCUGCUAAGGAUGGCACUCAUUUUGCUUAAGUCCUAAAAUCGUUUGUUCUUGUUUCACGCACAUAAUGCAACUGAAAUCUGGAAUAAGAUUCCUGGUGCUGUGUGCGAAUUUACAUCAAUAUCAGAAUUUAGAAAUGCACAGAAAGGUAAUCUUUUUCAAAGUAUUUUUAUUAAUUAGAAUUUUGAGACCUUAAUAUAACAAGCAUUUGGUCGCUGAUUCUGGUUUUGGGAUUUCAAGCCUCUAAAUAGUGUAAUUGCACUGCAUAUUAGAAAGAUUCCCACCCAUUCUAAUAACACUAUCAGUAGUAGAUAGACUAUAAGUGAAACCAGAAUUUAAACAAUCAACUCUACUAUUGUUUAUUAAUCUAAUGUUUGUUAAUUAUCCCAUUAUUAUAAUACUUUUUUUAUUGCAUUAUACAGUUUUAUCAUGAUGAUCUUUUUAAUACCAGAAGUGUUAUAGUGGUUAUCAUGAUCUGAAAUAUAUUUUAUAUAACUUAAACUAAUUACAAUUUAGGUGAUGGUUUCUUGAUGCCAAUUUCUUCCGCUCAUAGAAUAUUCCUUGUGGAGCCAUACUAUGUGCCUUGUUUUUCCAAACAUCGUCCGCAUAUUAUAGAUCUUGCCAUGUAGAGUCAAUUGUGCCUGACUGUUCCAAGUUGCUCUUCACAAAGACUAUCCGUCAUGUGGUCGGUUGCUAUGUGAAUGAUGAUGUAACCAGGUCAGUGGUUUAUGUAUAGAGGUCGAGUUUCAUUAUCUAUCUGAGAAUUAAAGCAUGUGUCUUGGGGGCGCUUUAUGUGACUAGAAUAGAUAAGCAGUCUAGGCAACAUUCUUAACGAUUACCGGUAUGCAAUUUUUUUUUUUUUCGAGUUCAGUCAUCUAAUAGUUACAUCAUGUUUUUUUUUUUAGAAAUCCGUAUUUCUUGCAAUCAAUCAAUCGCUCCAUUUUUACGACGCCAUUCCAUCAGUCAUUUUGCUCAUGGCGCCAAUGCUAAUCAAUAGUAAAAUCUGAAUCCUUGUUUGGUCAAUUUUUUUUCUCUCUUGCAUAUUCCGUUUUUUAAAUAAUUAACAAUAUAUAUUAUAAACAAUUAAUAAUAUAUACUGGUAUGUAUAAUUAUGUGUGUAUGUAGGUACAUAUGAAGUACUGUAUGUUGGUAUGUACAUAUAAAUUUAUGAUGGCUUUCUCAAAUUGUUAUAUCAAUAUGACUAUCGCUUACUGUUGGCUGCUAACAUUUUAGUGGUCAUGGGAACGUUAAUGGAUUUUGAAACCUGUGCACAUACAACAUUUAAAAAUGGUUGUUGUGUCUCUGUCUUUUGUGUAUUUUAGUUUCUAGUUUUUUAUGUGAUAAUCACCCUGCAAACGUAUGGUCAAGUGAGUCCCAUUGAUCAUAUGGUUAUAGUACAGUACUUGUUUUUUUUAUUAAUAUGUAUGAGACUAACUGAAUAUGCAUGAGACUAACAGAUAGCCUUAUUUAAUUUAGUGGUGGCUCACCAAUACAUAAACUUGAGUUAAGAAAUAAAAACAAUGUUUCUGACUUGGUUUUCGAAAUGAUUUUUUUCAACCCGCACCCAGAUAAUCCUCAGUGUAUUGAAAUUAAUAACCGUGUCUCCUAGCAACCACCUACUUUAUACAAUGCAAUAUCGUCAACUAAUAUUUGUCUCAGUUACAGUAUUUGAAAUCGAAAUAAUUAUUUUGUGAGCCUUAGGCAUAAUCUAGUUUUCUAUUUUAUCAUAAAUUUUCCUACUUGCAUGAUUUUAGAUAAUCAUACCAAUAAUUGAAAAUAUGCAUUAUUUUAGAUAUGGUUUCCAAUACCUAAUAUAAUAUGUUCAGAUAGGGUCACUAGGCACUCUCCUUUCUGAAAUUGUAUUUUACCUCAUAUUCAGAUAUAUUUUUUUAUUUUAGCCAAAUAUUAAUAAUCAUUUAAUUUUCAUUAUUUUGGAAUAGGGUAUUAUACAAUAUGUAAUAUAUGUAAUGGUCACACAUUUGGUUACACGCACUUCCCAGCAUACAAAAAUCAGUAAAAAUAGUAUAAAAAUUAUUUCGUAUUAUGAGAUAUAUAU